AACCGCGCCGGGUCGGAAUCCGACCGAGGGCCGUCUCUCUGGGACGCCGCUCUCGGGGAGGGCGUCUUCUCGCCUCUGGGCUGGCCUUGCCUGCAUCCAUCGGCAUCUGUCGGCAUCCAUCGGCAUCCGUCGGUAUCUGUCGGCAUCGCCAGCAUUGCCGGCGUUGGCUGAUCUCCUGCACGCGGGGCUGCCCUGCGAUGGUCUGUUGCGCUCGGCCUCGCUCGGGGCUUGCAUGGCCCGGACCAUGUCCCUUUGGCCCUCCGCCAUGGUCGGCGGCACAGAGAGCCUCCUCGCCACGCCCUCGCUCCUCGCCCGCCACACAUUCGCGGCUCUCGCUGCUCGGCCCGGCUCGCUGCCUUCAAAUGCGCUCGGUGUCGCCCUUGGACCUUGGGACUUGCUUCAUCCUUCGACUCUCAUCUCAAGCCUCUUCGACCCACCCCUACGGCUGUGCUGCAUUGCCGCCAUGACCCUCUCCUCGCUCCUGAAGCUGUCAUCGUCCCGAACCCGCUCGCUGCUUGUCGCCGCGCCGGUCCGGAGUUCCUUCCUGCUACAACGGUAUUAUGCCCGCGCCCCGCUCCACCCCGAAUGGAAGGAACUUGUCAAGAGGGAGCUCAAGGGCAAAGAGCCCGAUAUUCUGAUGUGGGAAACUGCAGAGGGCAUCGAUGUCAAGCCCGUCUACACUAAGGCCGACAUCACCGACGUCGCCGAGGAAAUCCCCGGCAAAUUCCCCUUCACCCGAGGUCCCUAUGCCUCCAUGUACACCUUCCGUCCGUGGACUAUUCGCCAGUACGCUGGCUUCAGUACCGUCGAGGAGAGUAACGCCUUCUACCGCAAGAACUUGGCAGCCGGCCAACAGGGCCUCAGUGUUGCCUUUGAUUUGGCCACCCACAGAGGCUAUGACUCUGACCAUCCCCGUGUCGUCGGUGAUGUCGGUAUGGCCGGUGUCGCCAUCGACACCGUCGAGGACAUGAAGCGUCUCUUCGAAGGCAUUCCGCUCAACAAAAUGUCUGUCUCCAUGACCAUGAACGGAGCCGUCUUGCCCGUCCUCGCCUUCUACAUUGUCGCUGGUGAAGAGCAGGGGGCCAAGCAAUCCGAGCUCGCCGGAACCAUCCAGAACGACAUUCUCAAGGAGUUCAUGGUCCGAAACACCUUCAUUUAUCCCCCAGAGCCCUCCAUGAAGCUGAUCGGUGACAUUUUCGAAUACACCUCCAAGAACAUGCCCAAGUACAACUCCAUCUCCAUCUCGGGCUAUCACAUCCAAGAGGCCGGCGCCCAUAACGCCCUUGAACUCGCUUUCACCAUUGCCGACGGACUGGAAUACAUCCGCACUGGUCUCAAGGCCGGCAUGUCUGUCGAUGAUUUUGCUCCCCGUCUCUCCUUCUUCUUCGGCAUUGGCAUGAACUUUUACAUGGAAAUUGCCAAGCUGCGUGCUGCUCGCCGACUUUGGGCCACUCUCAUCAAGGAAAAGUUCAACCCCAAGGGCCAAAAGUCGCUGCUGCUCCGAACGCACUGCCAGACCUCGGGCUGGUCUCUGACCGAGCAGGAUCCUUACAACAACGUUAUCCGCACCACCAUCGAGGCCAUGGCCGCGACUCUUGGUGGCACGCAGUCGCUGCACACCAAUGCCCUUGAUGAGGCCAUCGGUCUCCCCACCGAGUUCAGCGCCCGCAUUGCCCGUAACACCCAGCUGAUUCUCCAGACCGAGGCCAUGAUCCCCAAGGUUGCCGAUCCGUGGGGCGGCAGCUACCUGAUGGAGUCCCUCACCAACGAGCUGUACGACUCGGCCCGCAAGCAGAUCGACGAGAUCGAGGAAAUGGGUGGCAUGUCCAAGGCCGUCGCUUCAGGCAUGCCCAAGCUGAGAAUCGAGGAGGCUGCUGCCAGACGCCAGGCCCGUAUCGACUCUGGCAAAGAGGUCAUCGUUGGUGUCAACAAGUACAAGGCGGCGAAGGAGGAGCCUGUUGAGGUCCUGGCCAUCGAUAACACCCAAGUCCGUCUUGCUCAGAUCGACAAGAUUCGCCAAGUCAAGGAAAGCCGCGAGCCCAAGCGUGCCGAGGCAGCCCUUGCGGCCCUGACAAAGUGUGCGGAAACCAACGACGGCAACUUGCUGGCUUUGGCGAUUGAGGCCGCCCGUGCCAGAUGCACUCUGGGCGAGAUCUCGUAUGCCCUUGAGCAGGUCUGGGGACGCCACAACCCUGCCGUCCGUGUCGUCAGCGGCGCUUACAAGUCCGAAUACGGCGAGUACGACGAGAUCACAAAGACCCUGGACAUGGCCGAGGAGUUCCUGAAGCGCGAGGGUCGUCGCCCUCGUAUCCUCGUCGCCAAGAUGGGUCAGGACGGCCACGACCGCGGCGCCAAGGUCAUCGCCAGUGGAUUCGCCGAUCUCGGCUUUGACGUCGAUAUCGGCCCGCUGUUCCAGACCCCCUCGGAGGUGGCCCGCCAGGCUGUCGAUGCCGAUGUGCACGUCGUUGGCGUUUCGUCCCAAGCCGCUGGACACAAGACCCUCGUUCCGCAGCUGGUUGCUGAGCUCAAGAAGCUCGGUGCCGAGGACAAGCUGGUGGUUGUUGGCGGUGUGAUUCCCCAGCAAGACUACGAGUUCCUGUACAGCGCCGGUGCCGCCUGCAUUUUUGGCCCUGGCACGCGUAUUCCCUUGGCUGCCCAGGAGGUUAUCCAGAAAAUCAAGCCCACCAAGUAAUUGCGACUUCCUGCGGCUGCGUGGCUCGAUGCCCUGCGUCGUCGCGAUGCGCUCUCCACCCACAAAUGUUGCUUGGGCGGCACUCAGCGAUUGAUGUUUGCCGAACCGCGGCGCUCACCGCCUCUUGCCGUUGUGCUCCACAUUCGCCUCCUCUCUCUGGCAACUCCUUCUUUGCAGGCGACGCUGUUUACCUGCCCCCCCCCCUAAUCUGUGCGUUCCGGGACUGCCUUCCCGACCCUGCCUGUAGAAUGUACCUGGGUUUCACACCCAAGAAUGUGGACUGCCGUUUUUCUCCAUCUCCCUCCGUUUCGCUUCGUUCCGCUUCGUUCCUUUCCUUCUCUCGCUCUCCUCCCCUUUCUUCGCUUCUUCUUCAUUUGCAUCUGUUUGGACGAGCCCGUGGUCUUCCCUCGUUUCGGACAGACCGGGCCGCUCGGACCGCUGGGUUUGUUGUUCAUGGAAGGAAGGCCCAAUACACAGUUUGCACGCACCGCA